UUCUCGAUGCUUCUCUGAGGCCCGGGGUUUCCGCCGCUCGCCUACCCUUCCCCCAGCCCAUGACCCGCCUCCGGCCCCCGCCCUCCCGGUCCAGCCUCCCGUCGGUGUAGCGAGAAGGCGCCUGUGUCUGGCGGAGCCGGUGCGAGACGGAGAGACGACCCUGCCCGAGCCCGGAGAAUCCAGAGCGGGCCGGACCUUCGGGAGCAGCCGCGAGUGAGGAGCCGGACGAGCAGCACAGACCAUGGCGCUGAAACGGAUUAAUAAGGAACUUAGUGAUUUGGCCCGUGAUCCUCCAGCACAAUGUUCUGCAGGUCCAGUGGGGGAUGAUAUGUUUCAUUGGCAAGCCACAAUUAUGGGACCUAAUGACAGCCCAUAUCAAGGCGGUGUAUUCUUUUUGACAAUUCAUUUUCCUACAGAUUACCCCUUCAAGCCACCUAAGGUUGCAUUUACAACAAGAAUUUAUCAUCCAAAUAUUAACAGUAAUGGCAGCAUUUGUCUCGAUAUUCUAAGAUCACAGUGGUCUCCUGCUUUAACUAUUUCUAAAGUUCUUUUAUCCAUUUGUUCACUGCUAUGUGAUCCAAACCCAGAUGACCCCCUAGUGCCAGAGAUUGCACGGAUCUAUAAGACAGACAGAGAUAAGUACAACAGAAUAUCUCGAGAAUGGACUCAGAAGUAUGCCAUGUGAUGCUACCUUACAGUCAGAAUAACCUGCAUUAGAGCUGGAAUAAACUUUAAAUUACUGUUCCUUUUUUUGAUUUUCUUAUCCGGCUGCUCCCCUGUCAGACCUCAUCUUUUUUAAUUUUAUUUUUUGUUUACCUCCCUCCAUUCAUUCACAUGCUCAUCUGAGAAGACUUAAGUUCUUCCAGCUUUGGACAAUAACUGCUUUUAGAAACUGUAAAGUAGUUACAAGAGAACAGUUGCCCAAGAUUCAGAAUUUUUUUAAAAUGGAGCAUGUGUAUUAUGUGGCCAAUGUCUUCACUCUAACUUGGUUAUGAGACUAAACCAUUCCUCACUGCUCUAACAUGCUGAAGAAGCCAUCUGAGGGGGGGAGAUGGUGGAUGCUCAGUGGUCACAUCAGAGGAAGAGCAUUGUUCUAGCAGCAUCCAUUCUUGUUUAAACCUUCCACUGUUAGAGAUUUGAGGUUACAUGAUAUACUUUCUGCUCAUAACUGAUGUGGCUGGAGAAUUGGUAUUGAAUUUAUAGCAUCAGCAGAACAGAAAAUGUGAUGUAUUUUAUGCAUGUCAAUAAAGGAAUGACCUGUUCUUGUUCUACAGAGAAUGGAAAUUGGAAGUCAAACACCCUUUGUAUUCCAAAAUAGGGUCUCAAAACAUUUUGUAAUUUUCAUUUAAAUUGUUAGGAGGCUUGGAGCUAUUAGUUAAUCUAUCUUCCAAUACACUGUUUAAUAUAGCACUGAAUAAAUGAUGCAAGUUGUCAAUGGAUGAGUGAUCAACUAAUAGCUCUGCUAGUAAUUGAUUUAUUUUUCUUCAAUAAAGUUGCAUAAACCAAUGAGUUAGCUGCCUGGAUUAAUCAGUAUGGGAAACAAUCUUUUGUAAAUGCAAAGCUGUUUUUUGUAUAUACUGUUGGGAUUUGCUUCAUUGUUUGACAUCAAAUGAUGAUGUAAAGUUCAAAAGAGUGAAUAUUUUGCCAUGUUCAGUUAAAAGUGCAGUCUGUAACAGGUUGACACAUUGAUUGACCUGAUUAUGCGGAAAUAAAAAGCUAUUGGGAGAGUGUAGCUUUAGUGUGCUGCACGCAAUACUGGCAGCCCUGGAGUUCGUAGAUGGACUUGGGACCCAGCAGCUUUGAAACGUGUGUAUAGAAUUUAAGAAACUUGUUUUCCAGGUACAACCCCAUCUAACUAAACUUUUUCUUCACCUUGUACACUCAACAGCUGAAAAAAACAAAGUGGGAGUAAUAAUGGGUCAAAUUUUACAAAAUAAAGUCCUGUUUGGUGUGGGAGCUAUCAAGGGACUGUGUUGAAAUGACUUGACUGUGUGGGGUACUGAGUGUCCACUGAGAGGGAUUUGUUCAGCCAUCUACAUUAAUGAGCAUUUAAAUGCAACAGAUGCCAUUUCAGGGGACUUAACAUGAAUGAAUAAAAGUCAAUGCUAUUGGA